GAGGCUGAUCCUCAGCGCUUUUCUGUGAUUCAGACCCCUGCCUCUUUGAACGUGAUGGAAGGAUCAGCACUGUCGAUGGAGUGCAGGAUUGAGGGAAACCUCACUUCCAAGUGGUCUAUUGACUGGCAUAGGAAUAAAACUGACGGAAGGGGGAAAUUACAGAACUCAGACCGAACUCGUAUAAUGACGGAUAUAAACGAGAAAUUUAGCCGUUUCACUCUGGAGAAAGCUGCUCUAGCUGAUUCUGGAACCUACCUGUGUUCUGUUGUCAAUUUGGGGAUUCCCCGUGUUUUUAGUAAUGGGACACAAGUGAUCAUUAGUGAAAUCACCGAUUGGAUGGUGAACCAGACUCCAGGGCACCUCGAGAAAGUGGAAGGGGCAAACGUCACCAUUGAGUGUCGCUUCAGGACAGUCGGCAACAGCAGCAUGAUGUACGUGAAGUGGUGCAAAGAGGGGUUGGAGGAAGAGCUGGCCAACAGAACAGGCUCGCGCGCAAUAGCUCAGGAUCUGGAGAAGGGUUUUGCUUCCCUCACUCUAAUGGAUGCUCACGAGGCUGAUUCAGGGUCCUACAGGUGCGUAGUGGGGAGCAGAUCAAGAAAUCAGACGGGAUCAGGAAUUGAAACUCGUGUUGUCAUCACUGCUGCUAAACUGCUGGUGCACCAAACACCUGCUCUCUUCAAUGGAACGGAGGGGGAAGAACUCACUAUAAAGUGUAACUUCGCGGUCAAGGAUCCCAAACGCCAAUACAAUGUCACAUGGUAUAAAGAUGCUGUCGAGGUGACGGAAGCUUUGUUCAUUUCCGCUGAGGGCCUGGCUUCUCUCAUUUUUAAGAAGGUCAAAAUGGAAGACUCCGGAACCUAUACAUGUGUCUUCGGUCAUCAUGGUCAAGGAAAUGGAACCAUGGUGAAAGUCUUUGCACAGGAUAAACAGCUGGGGGCCACCGUCAGCACUGAUGUUGGAGUCGGAGCUGGAGUCGGAGCGGGGAUCCUCGUCCUCUUGCUGUUGAUAAGUGCCUUAGUGUGGAGGUGGAAGAGGAGAGCCAAAGGAACUUCUGUAGGCACGACUGAGGCAGAAAGUAUUCCUGCCAAAGAAUUAAGAAAGAAGCAUCCUCCUUUGACCGACCAAGCGAGCGAAGUGAUGUACGCCAGCCUCAACUUCAGCCCAAAGGAAGUACAACCACCAGCAGGUGAAGUCAUUUAUGCAGAAGUGAGAACCGGUUCGAAGCAGCGAGGUGGCAACGGCCGCCGAACCUAGCCCAAAGUCAACCAGUUCCUUUAGAGGAGAUGAAGCAGAAUGGGGCGGGGAAGGGGCAGACGUCAGGCCCGCUCCGCAAGCCCCGAGACGGACUCUUCCACGAAACGGUGUCUUCUUCUUCCUGAAAGGGCCGGGCCAUUCCCUUGAAACCGCCCCCCCCCCCAUCUGCUGUCUAGAAAUGGAAGAACUGAUGCCCCUUUUCCCUCUCUCUGCCCCCGGCUUUGCUGGGCAAUCUAAACUGAUGUCUGACUCUCAGGCUGCUGCUGCUGCUUCCGAAACCAUCGCUGGUCGUCACCAUCUCUAUCUCUUGCCCUCUUGGUCCCAUCCCCAGAAAGCACCAGAUGAAGGAAGAGUCCAGUGCUGGACAGUGGGAAAGCGGCAGACACCAGCAUGGAUAUCGGCGCACUCAAAGCAGCUGCAAGUUGGAUGGGUGAGAGGGAAACGGAUCAAGGACUCGGCCUGGGCUUUUGCCCCAGUGCCGUUUUGCCGGUCCCUGUAACCCCUCUUAACUAGAAUUUUUUUAAAAAAACACCAUUGGGAGACCUGAGUAUGACUAUCCCGCAUGGCGUGUGGUUUGGCUUUGAGAUAAGCCCUGAUUCCUUCGGCCUCAGUCUCCAGCCCACCAAUAUGCAUUAUGGGGAUAAGAAUAGAAGUUUACUUCACAGGGUUGUUGGAAGGAUGACUGAGGUAGCGUAUAUGAAGCACUUUUUGAACCCUUGAAAUAUGCCACAUAAAAAUCAAUACUUGCUAUUAUUACUGCUGUUCAUGUAUGGGAGGGGACCACAAUAAAA